AACGUUUUCUAAAUCCUCUCCCAUGUGGUUUCAUAGUUAUGCUUGGAUUUUUUUUUUUUAAUUCAAAAGUAAUUCAUAAACUCUAGUGUAUGGUUACCACUUCGGGUAGUGCUGGGGACGCCGGCUUUGGGGUUGGCGGACCGCAGCCUUGGCUCCACCUUUCCUUUUGGGAUGACUGUGAGGAUGCAGCUGUGAAACUGGAAAACCCUGAGCCCGGGGUAGUUACGUUUACAGCAAGAAAGUGCAACUAACUAGCGAAAAGAAACGCAUAUUCCUUGUGCAUUGUCGUGAACGCGUUCACACAGGCUAAUCGCGGGAAGGCAACUCUGUAAUUCGAAGAUCACAAGGGACGUGAAGGCCUUGGGAAACCGAAACGUUCUCCACCCACCAGACGACCCUGUGAGGCCAUCGGCUGAGAAAGAGGGGCGGGACUGAUGCUGGGGCGGUGCGUGCGGCGGCGGCCGCGUAGCUCCGCCCCCGGCGUUGGCGCGAGAUCCGAACGUCGGGGGAGGCAGUUAUAGCCGUUCCGUGAGGCGGCGGAGAGCCCGAGACAGGUGUCCUGCUGGCUGGGUCACGGCAGCGGCCAUGAGGCGGAGGGCCCCUGAGGAAGAAGCCUGCGGCGUGUGGCUGGACGCGGCGGCGCUGAAGCGGCGGAGAGUGCAGACACAUUUAAUGAAGCCAAACACCAAAAUGCUAACACUCUUUCCUGGAGAGAAAAAGGCUAAGAUUUCUUUUACUCAAAGAAUUCCACCUACAGGCACUCGGCAGACCAGCAUUGCUUCCUUCUUCACCUUGCAGCCAGGAAAGACAAAUGGUGGUGACCAGAGGAGUGUUUCAUCUCAUACAGAAAGUCAGAUCAACGAGUCUAAGAAAGAUGCAACCCAUCUAGAUCAUCUGAUCCAGGGCUUGGAGGACGAUUCCAUGUCACCCCCAUUAGCCACUUCAACCCCUGCAGAUACCCAGGAAGCUGGACUUUCUCCUCAUUCUCUCCAGACUUCUGACCACCACAGAAUGGGAAUUCCAUUUUUGACUAUGCUGUCUUUGCCCCAGCCUGACACCUUGGUCUGUGCUGGAAAGAGUAAAGCCUCAUUCUCUUGUUCCUUCACUCAGAACUUGGAAGGUUCUUACUUGCUGGGCCAAAAGGAAGGAGAGAAAGACUCUUCCUGGAAAAGGGAAUGGCUUCAUGGAUCUAAGGAAAAAAACCAUCAGGAUGUGGAGAGACGCGUUCAACCACCUGGGGGCAAGGGCCUUCAGCCCUUGGACAAGAUUAAAUUGGAAAAGGUGUCUGCCAGAGAAACCAGGCAGGCCCCCAUCCUCCUUCAAACAUGCAGGGAUUCCUGGAGUGGAGAAAACACAGACUCAGUGAAACAAAGCCCUUGUCCUGUCCCUGCGUUUUCCUGGGACAGUGAAAAGAAUGACCAGGACUCCUGGAGUCAGCUUUUCACUGAGGAUUCUCAGGGCCAGCGGGUUAUUGCCCACAACUCCAGAGCUCCUUUCCGAGAUGUAACAAACAAUCAGAAUCGGGGCUUAGGGCAGUUUCAUAGUAGCUCUUGGGCUCAGUGCCAAGAGAGGCCCACUCAGUUAAAUCUGCAGCCUCAUUUGCUCUUUACCCAGGACUCUGAAGGUAAUCAAGUUAUCAGGCACCAAGUCUAAAUGUCUUUAUGAUGGUUUGGUCCAGAAGUACCUUGAGAUGACAGAGCUAUAGGAAAAUAUUGGGCGGAGAGGGGGGGAAGGGAGGCAAGGGAUGUUAUUGAGCAUUUUCUUUGUGUAAAUAAAGCUGGGGGUGCCACUUGUUGAGACUGUAUGAUUGGCAUUGUGUCUCUCUGUGAGGAAGAGGUGGCUGGUAACCUUGUACAAAUCUGUGAUGAGCACUGAGGAGGUAGGGCAGGUACUUAUCCUUCCAGUAAAGAGCCCUUACUCAGCCUGCAAAGCCACCUCUUUGCCCUCUCAGAUGUCUAGGACACUGCUUCUUAUGGAUGUGUGUUCUUCUAAUCUCUGACUGUUAUCUUAACCACACAACCUUGGGACCAUUAUUCCUGAUACCUUUUUAAGUGAUAAGGCACAUCUCCUGGGUCUAGAGGUAUGGGGGCAGGGAGAAUAGAGAGAGAACUAGAAAGUAGAAUGAUGGUCGGGUGUUUGUUUUUGUUUUAAA